AAGUAAAGCACAACACAAAGCUGCAAAACCGCCAUAGUUUUGUAGUAAUUCGGACACAAACAAAGACACAUGUAUAAACACAUACACAUACUCUCGAGGUUACAUAUCCUUAUCGUACGCCAGGUUAAAGUCCUUUUAACGUACACCAAACCCACAGUAACGUACACAAAAUACACAUAGCGAAAAAGCAAGAGAAAGAGCAAAAAAGUAAGUGUUCGAGGAUUUCAUCCAUGUAAAACCCAGAUGACCAACGAUUCUUCUCAACCCUAAACACUUCGUACCAACUCAGUCAGUUUUUUUAUGCCUAGCAGUACAUUUUUACCUUCUUCUACACUCUUCUACAGUACUUUUGUGAUGACUUUACACACUUACAUAACAUUUGUACUGCUUGGCACAGAGUUCCAUGUAGUUUGUUUGACUAGAGCUAUUAAAAGGACUAUUCAGUAGACAAUUUUUUUUAUUUUUUUAUUUUUAGUUUGGUUUUUUGGGUUUUGUUUUUAUGUGAAAAAUGGGAAAAAAAUGGAUCUGGGGGAUGGGGAUUUAUUAGGGUUUUUGAAGAUUUUGGUGUAUCUAUAUUGAAAUCUGGUGGAUUUGGGGUGGGAUUUAUAUUUAUUUGGUUGUGUGCUUUUUUAAGUAUAGAAAAGAGACAAAAGCCAAGGAGCAGAGAUAAGGAUAAUUUUAAGGUCUAUUUAUGUACAAAAGUUGUCUUGUCUCUUCAAAGCAGAGAAAAUAUAGCAGCAGGAGCAGCUACUCAAAUAUUUGCAUUUAUUGUGGGUAAGACUUUGGGUUUGUCAAGAUAGAGAUAGAUAGAGGAUUCCGGAGAGAGAGAGAGAGAGAGAGAUAGAGAUUAGAUUUCUGGGAGAGAGAGAUUUUGGAGAGAGAGAGAGGGAGAGAGAUUUUGGAGAGAGGGAGAGAGAUAUAAUGGCUAACAGGUGGUGGACAGGGAACGUGGCGAUGAACCCGAUGUGUGAAGAAGAGCAAGAUAAAGAAGGGUUGAAUAGGCUUGGAGUUGGAGCCAGGAGAGAAGAUCAAGAAUUGAUGGACAACACAGCUACAAACAGCCCCAGAGGCAGUGCUCCAAAGCAAGAAGAUGAAGAGAGGAAGCAAGAGCAUCAUGAGGAGCAUCAGGAGAUGGAGAUGGGGAAUAUUAGUGGAGCUCUUGUGAUUUCUGAUCUUGGUAGCUCAGGGAGCCGGCGUCCCAGAGGAAGGCCCCCGGGUUCGAAAAACAAGCCUAAGCCUCCUGUUGUGAUAACCAAGGAUAGCCCUAAUGCUUUGAGAAGCCAUGUGUUGGAGAUUAGUAAUGGGAGUGAUGUUGUGGAGUGUAUUGCUACUUUUGCGCAGCGCCGCCUUGUGGGGGUUUCGGUGCUUAGUGGGAGUGGGAUUGUGAAUAAUGUGACACUGCGGCAGCCAGCGGCUCCUGGGGGUGUGAUUACUCUACAGGGGAGAUUUGAGAUCUUGUCGCUUACCGGGGCUUUCUUGCCUGCUCCAUCGCCGCCUCAAGCGAAUGGAUUGACUGUUUAUUUGGCUGGGGGUCAGGGGCAGGUUGUGGGGGGGACUGUUAUGGGAGCAUUGGUUGCUUCGGGCCCGGUGAUGGUUAUCGCGGCGACGUUUAUGAAGACUACUUAUGAGCGUUUGCCUUUGGAAGAGGAGGUGCCGGAGGCUGGUGAAGGGGGAAUGCAAGCGGGGAAUCCGGGACAUAGUGGUGGUGGAGGUGGUGGUAGUUCUGCUCAAUCUCAUGGAAUGGCCGGUGAUCCGGAUGCUGCAUCGCCUGUGCCUAUGUACAGCUUACCACCGAAUAUGUUACCAAAUGGGCAGAUGCAUCAUGAUGUGUUUUGGACACCUCCGCCGCGUCCCCCGCCGUCUUACUAGGUAGAAUGAAUGAGUUAAAUUCGCAACUGAUAGAUUGUUCGAAUGUCUUACUCUAGGAACUGAUUGUGAGGUAGAUGUAACCUUUUGCAAUGGUUGUGAACUGCAUUUUCUGCAGGUCUUUCAGUUAUGUGUUUUUUUAGCUUAUGUGACUUGGUACAUUCUAUUUAAUCUUUCAUAACUUUAAGGAGCUAUUAGCAUAUC